AUGGCUACCACCAACACUCCCCCAAUGAAUGUUUCCCACGACCAGACGGAGCAAGUGCAGCUUCUCGGGCAGCUCGUCCGAGCAGACGGGUCCAACUGUCAGGUGAAGCAGGAGGCGGUCAUGGAGCGAAUGCCUGAGUGGACUCUUUUGGAGGGUGCAGGUCUAAUCGGAAAAGGCAUGGCAGCUGCGCUAUCGACCUUGCACGGUAUGACGCCGGAGGAGCGAUCCAACGCCUUUGAAGAGGUAGGCGAGUGCGAAAUCCCCCUAGGGGCACCUGCCUGCGAACAUGCUGCGAUGCAGGAGCCCCUCAUGGUGUCUGCCUUGGUUUCCGUGUUGCGACUUGAGGCGGACUUGCACCCCGCACAGUAUGCUCUCACCGUACUUUACGAAGCUGUUAGAGAAAACUGCAGCAGAUAUGAGGCGAUGUGCGGGGUGCUCGCCGGCAGCAACGUCUAUGGCGACUUCAUGCAGCUGCUGGAGAGGCAGGGCGUUGAUACGUACACCGGAGACAGAGCAGCGUUCAUGCUCUCGGGCUUCAUGUGCCGGGCACGAACGCAUGCGUUCCCAGAUGACCAAGUUCAGUACUUCGUGCAAGGCCUAAUCCAACAGAAAUUCCCCGUGUCGGAGUCUGGCAGGCUCGACGCGCUGGUAAAUAUUCUCAAAAUCGAUCGGUGGAGGCCUCUCGUCUGGGAGACUCGCGGCUUGCCGGAUGUGCUACAGAAUGACUUGUCAUUGAUGCAACCCGCAGGAGUGAUCUAUAAGGCGGUAUUUUGCGUGUGGCUGCUUUCCUUCCAUGAGGGGUUUCCCCUGGCGAUCACGGAGGCCGGCAUUUUGCGACCCACGUGCGAAGUCUUGAAAGAGUGCCGAGUUGAGAAGGUUGUUCGCGUGGGGCUGCAUGUCGUUGAGAAUCUCCUCUCGUGCGAAGAAGCAGUUGAAAUUAUCGUUGAAGAAAAUGUCGCUCAGAUUCUUACCUUGUUGGAGUUUGAGAAAUGGCGCGACCCGGACAUGUACGACGAGAUACGGGCCUGCAUCUUCGCUCUAGACUUGAAGAUUAGACAGUUUAAUAACUUCGAGAGGUAUCUCAUGGAGCUCGACAAGGGCAAGUUCAAGUGGUCUGUUCUCCAUUCAGAAAAGUUUUGGCGCGAGAACGUAAUGGUCUUUGAGAAGGACGAAUUUGCCACAAUUCAGAAAAUCGAGAAAUUGCUAGACAGCGACGACCCAACAACGCAAGCCGUGGCGUGUUAUGACUUGGGCGAAUUUGCACGGCUCCAUCCUGCCGGGAAAAAGGUAUGCCAGAAGUUCAAGGUAAAGGAUAAGGUAAUGCUUCUGAUCAGCAGCAAGCACCGCGAAGUCGCGGCGGAGGCUUUACUAUGCGUGCAGAAACUGAUGCUCAACAACUGGCAAGAUGUAGCGAAGCCGCCAAACUAA